UAAUUAGUGUCUUUAUAAAUUGCUGUUUUGGAUAUGAAGAUUGUUGCUUGUUUCCUUGCUGUUCUCAUUUCCUGUUCCUUAACAGUAUAUGGCUUUCCUUUGCUCAAAUAUGAAGGUAGAAGCCAUAUGUCCGAUGCACUGAAUAACAAGUCCUUUAUUGUUACUGUCUCUGCUCUUCCUUCACAAGGUGCUGACUUUGGUCCAGAUACUCCUCAUACAAAGACUUCUGGCAUUCAGGAAGCUAUUGAUUACGCUGCAUCUUUUCUAACAAAUAUCAAUAUGAACCCAACUUCUAGAAAAUCCUUGGAAUCAAAUGCUCCUCUUAUAUACCUUGGUCCAGGAAGUUUCGAGAUUCACGAAACUAUCAUGCUCCCUGAAUGGGGUGGAAUAUCACUAGUUGGCUCUGGAAUGCACUCUACAGUUUUAAAGGACGCCACCAAAGAUGGAAUAAUAUUAAUUAAGCAAAGAAUCCCAAAAGACGUCGGCAUAUUCUAUGGCCAGUUGAAUGAAUUGCUUUCUGACUUUUCGAUUCUUGGAAAUCCUUAUCAGACAAGUGUUGCUGGAAUUGAUCUCUCUAUGCCUGAGAACAUUCCUCAUAAUGUGGUGACCCGUAUUGCACUUUAUGGAAACUUUACAGAAUUCCAUCUUUGCAUGGACGGCAAUGAAGACAGCUUAUUGGACACCUUGUUCAUCGAUGGAUAUUCUAAAAACGGAACGGAACCUCCUAUCAUUGGAUUUUCAACUGAUGACGGAGCAACAUUUAUGCGAGGCAUCUACUCGUCUAAUCCAAGUGGUGGUUGUCGCAUUCACUCAAGAAGUGUGAAUUUAUACAUAACAGAUAGUGUCAUUGGAGCUAUUUCCAAUGCUGCCAUAACCAAAGGUCAAUAUGAAAUUACCUUUCCCAACAGUGUGGUCUACAUCAAAAAUACUUGGUUCAACAUAGACACUGAACGGACACCGUAUGUGUUUGAUUUGCGAACCAAAACACAUUAUUCUACAAUAGCUCUUGGUGAUGUUUGGUUUGAAAAUUAUCCUGCUGGGAAAUGCUACUUUUAUGUCGGCAACGAAACUUUGAUUGAGCAAAUUCAGUUGGAAAAUUUAAUUUUUGGAUAUGGCGAAGGUACUCUGAUUGAAGGGGAAGGAAAGAUUGGUUCUCUUGAAGUUGGUUUUGUCUAUUCCUACUACAAGAUUCCAUCACCCUAUCUCGAGUGGUAUCCUGGCGUUCUCGAUCAUUUCUACGUCGCCAAAAGAGGAGUUUUUCCAAUUUAUGUAAGACCUCCUACUACUCCACCUCUACCCCCUUCUCCGCCUACUGCUCCUGGAGCUCCUCCGAAGCCUUGAGGUUCCUCAUCAGCGAGUUUUAUUAUUUGUUUGUUUUUCUUGAAUAAAGAGUCUGUUUGUUGUGUAUGUAAACACUGUGUAUUUUUCUGUCUGUAGAACCUUCUCAAAAGCACGUUAGAACAUUCGAAAGAUAUUGGUAACGUUGUGAAAACUAGGAUCGAUUGACUUCU